AUGACAUUGUGCGCGAGACAGAUGUGAGUAUGGUGCAAAAAUAUAUAUACUUAAUGGGCUGCCCACGAGUACGCCUGAAGCCGGAAAAGCAGAAGCGUAGAGGCCUGUCGGGGCUGCCAUGAGAUACUACGCGCUGCUCGCGGUCAUGCAUGCUGCAAACGUCGAUGGCGUCGGCGACCUCCGGCGCUACCGGAGACGCGGCGCGUGGCAUCGCCGCGAGCGCGCCUCGAACGCGACGGCACAGGACGCGUCGCGCCGCGGCGUCAUCCUAUGGGCGCACGGCCGCUCCGCGACGGACACGUUCUGCGAGGCUAUGCGGCAGGCCGCACAUCUCACGUACUGCCGCAAUAUCAAGGAGGGAUUCAACCAUUUGCACGCGGAGGGGAAGCGGCUAACGCGAAACCGACUCAAAAAGUGCGUCCGCCGGGGCCAGCUGCCCGCGCCCGCGAGGAAACCACGGCGCCUUCGAAUUGGACCGCAUCAGCUCGAUGGCGUCGAGAGCGCUGCCGAUAAUUCACAGGUCGAUCAUCCCGGCAGGCUCUCGCACAUCAAACCCGGCCACCUCUAUUCGCAAGGUCUGGCGACGCCCGAGGCGCUGUUCCGGGCCGCGCGGGAGGUAGGCUUUGGCGUCGUCGUUGCCGAGUACCGCCAGAACGCGCUCGCGCGCAUGGUAUCCAGUUUUGAAAUGCGCACGCGCACGCCGGCGGAUGCGAAGGCUGUCUUCUGCAAAAAGGACGGCGAAUUGGUCAAAAAGUUCGAGUGGGAGCGGACGAUUUGGGAGCGCGGCGUCGCCGCCGCGAAGGCAGAGGAAUUCACGAUAAUCGAGUUCACGUUCCUCGAGCUCAUUUCGUCGGUAUGUACAUGCGUGGAACGGGCCACUUCUGUACUUGCGGACUGCGCCGGCGCGAGGUGCGAGUGCCGGGACCAAGUCAAGGAAAACGUGCACAUGCGGACGUCGCAUCGCGACCGGACGCUGGCGGAGCGGACAUCGCCGACGGCGGCGAAUUGCAUCCGGGCCGCGCUCAGGGUCGACCCGCAGUACGCCUGGAUGCUAGACCUGUCGCGGCACGAGCCGCCCGAGGGCGUUUCGAAUGCGAAUGCGUCGUGGUUAGUUGGUUCUUCUUGAAGUUAUCUUCGACGCCUCCCACUUCCUGAUAGGUCCAACUUGAACGAUUGCUUGUUGUUCUACUAGUAGGCAACAUGUGGAACUUGAACCCCGUUGCGACCGAAACCUUGGCUCCGGUACGGCUUUUCUAAAAAGGCACCGCUCGCAACGUCCUCGGCCCCUGGCUUUGGCGACGUCACAUGAUCAAGCGUGAGAGGGAGAGUCGCUUAUUGUGGCUAGUCCCUCUAACACGGACCCCGAGUGCUUCGUCACGGCCGCACUUGCAUACAAACAUAUUUAAACUUGCGAGGAGGAAUUUUACGAUUUUAAUCCGGAGGUCCAUACGGAGGAGAAUCUGGUGCGGGCUCCGGCAUCAUGAUCUUCAUGUCUGUAAGACUAUAGACUAGUAUAGUUAUCUUCCGUUUUGGCUAGAGCUAUCAGAAAAGCGCCCCGCGGGCCACUGUUGCUACUAGCACUAGUAAUUGUUUUUAGCCCA